AUGGGUUUGAGCAAAGCUGGAAACAAACGAGGUGCCCUGGGGACAGGCGGGGCUGCCUGGCCUGUGGCCAUGGGCUGCCUCUUGUCAGGCCUUGGAUUGAAGCGCUGCGUGAGAAGCGCAGCACAGGCACAUCCUCUUCUCUACACUGGAUCUACUGCCUUCUGGAUGGCCCAGCCCUUCCCAGCUGCUCGUUGGGCAACUUUUCCUGCCAGCCAAGAAGCUGCGAAUUUCUUGAUUUCAUGGUUGUAUGUUGGAGCCCAGUCCAGCGUUGCCUGCGGCUCUGCACGCAUGGCAAUGGCUGCUGCUCAGUGCUGGUGGAUGGUCAAGCGAGCUGGGGAGGCAAUGGAGGUGGUGCAGAGACCAGAAGCGACUGAAACACGUUGGACAGUGGGCAUAGAUGUGAUGAAUUGCUGA